AAAAGAAAUUAUGGGUAACCUUCAAAUUCUCUCUCUUUUACUCUUUUCAUUCUUUUUGUCAAAAUGUUACUCCAAACAAGAAGAUUUUGUUCAGUGUCUUUCUAAAUACUCUGAAACCAACGUUACACAUAACAUUUACACCCCAAAAUCUCCAACUUAUUCAUCUAUCUUAGAAUAUGCUCAAAAAAAUCCUAGAUGGAUGAAUUCUUCACAUCCCAUUUUCAUAGUUUCCCCUACAAAAGAAUCACAAAUCAAGCCGGUUAUUCGUUGUGCAAAAAAAUUAGGCAUACAAAUUAAAAUAAAAAGUGGUGGCCAUGACUAUGAAGGCAUAUCUUUUCGCUCUAAAUCCCCGUUUGUUAUGCUUGAUUUAAGCAAUCUUAACAAAAUCAAGAUUGAUUUAAAUGAAGGAACAGUUUGGGUUCAAGCAGGGGCGACCCUCGGCCAACUUUACUAUGCAAUUGCUAAAAAAAGUAAUGUGCAUGGUUUUCCUGGAGGUGUUUGUUUCAGUAUUGGCACUGGAGGGAUUAUUAGUGGUGGAGGGAUAGGUACUUUGAUGAGAAAAUUCGGGCUUGCAGCUGAUAAUGUUGUAGAUGCUCGCGUAAUAGAUGUAAAUGGAAAAAUUCUUAAUAAAAACAAAAUGAAAGAAGAUUUGUUUUGGGCAAUAAGAGGAGGUGGAGGAGCAAGUUUUGGUGUUAUUUUAGCAUGGAAACUCAAACUUGUUCGUGUUCCUGACAAGGUUACUGUUUUCACUGUUUACAAGAGGUUAGAAGGUAAUCAAAAUCUCCUCAAAAAAUGGGAAAACAUCGCGCAUCAAUUACCUGAUAAAUUACUUAUCAGAGUAAUUAUACAAAAUGAUGGAACAGACAAUGAAAAGUAUGUUGAAAUAAUCUUUCAAGCACUAUAUCUCGGACCUGUUGAUGAGUUAAUUCCAUUACUCAAAGAAAAAUUCCCUGAAUUUGAUUUGGAGAAAAAAGAUUGCUUCCAAGAGCCUGUUGUGGAUUGUAGUAACAGGCCUUGCAUUAAAAAAGAAUGUCGCGAAACGUCCUGGAUUGGAUCAGUCCUGUAUUUCUAUGGCAGGAGAACAAAUGAGUCACUUGAAGUUCUACUAGAAAAGAGUAUUCCAACACAGAAGAAUUAUUUCAAAGCCACUUCUGAUUUUGUGAAGACUCCAAUUCCGGAAAGUGGUUGGGAAAUGGUAAAAAGACUGUUUUUGGAAGAAGAAAGACCUCAGAUGAUAUUGGAGCCAUUAGGUGGGAUAUUAGAUAAAAUAUCAGAAUCUGAAAUUCCAUUCCCUCAUAGAAAGGGGAAUUUGUAUAAUAUUCAGUACUUGGUGAAUUGGGGCGAUAACAGCGAGAGUAUAUCAAGCCAGAAGAUAACAUGGAUGAGGAAACUGUACAAGAAAAUGGAGCCAUAUGUUGCAAAAUCACCAAGAAGUGCUUAUCUGAACUAUAGGGAUCUUGAUUUUGGAACAAAUUCAGAGGACUAUAGUUAUUCCAAGGCUAAAAUAUGGGGUGAAAAGUAUUUUAAGGGCAACUUUGAGAGAUUGGCUAAAGUGAAGAGUGAAGUGGAUCCCAAAAAUUUCUUCAGAAAUGAACAAAGCAUUCCACCUUAUCACACUGAUAGCUGAAGAAAACAGGAUUCCAUGGAAGGGCAGAAAAUAAAAAUCCAAGUUGUUUGAUGUUUUAUGAAGAU